AUGAUCGGCGGAAAUGAAUCCUGUACUGCAGGACCAAUGCCUAUGUCCUACUUAACUUGCCUGACUUACAUGCUGGGAGAAUGGACUGGUGUGGAGCACAUUGAAGAUUACCUGAGUUAUGUAAUCUACCUUUUAUGGGUGCUUUUUCCACUUGCAGUAGUUUUCCUGCUUCCAGGAGUUAUCGUCAUCAUGUUCUACAUUUCCAUUCUCUUAGUUCAUAUUUAUAAAAGGAAAAAUGAACUAAAGGAAGCUUAUUCCCAUGAUGUUUGGUUUGGUGCAAAGGAAAUGGUGGCUACCUUAUGGGAUGCACAUGGAAGAAUAUGGCAUGGUUAUGAAGUUCAUGGUGUUGAAAAUAUUCCUGAAGGACCAGGACUUAUUGUGUUUUAUCAUGGAGCUACUCCUGUUGACUGUAUCUAUUUCAUGGCUAGACUUUGUAUAAGAAAGAAGACACUCUGCCACGCAGUAGCUGAUCAUUUUGUCUUUAAAUUACCAGGUUUUAAACUAUUACUUGAUGUACAUGGAGUUAUACAUGGAUCACAAGAAGAUUGUGUCAAUACUCUGAAGCAGGGCCACCUGUUAGCCAUUGCCCCAGGAGGAGUUCGGGAAGCACUCUUUAGUGAUGAGAUGUAUACCAUUAUAUGGGGUGAUCGGAAGGGCUUUGCUCAGGUGGCCAUUGAUGCAAAAGUGCCCAUCAUUCCUAUGUUUACACAAAAUGUUCGUGAAGGCUUUAGGACAUUAGGAGGAAUAAAAAUACUUAGGUCACUAUAUGAACGUAUUAGGUUGCCAGUAGUUCCCAUCUACGGUGGGUUUCCAGUGAAGAUGCGUACCUUUAUUGGAGAACCCAUUCCAUAUGAACCAAAUGUAACUGCUGAUGAACUAGCUGAGAAGACAAAAGCCGCAGUCCAAGCUCUAAUAGACAAACAUCAGAAAAUACCAGGAAAUAUAUUUAGGGCUUUAAUGGAACGAUUUCAGAGACAAAAGAAAGAAGAUUAAGGUCUUCUGAAAUAAGUAAUAUUUAGUUAUAAUAUUCUUAAGAGGUCACAUUUGUAAAUUAUUCAAUCUUCUCAUAAUAGGUUUUAAAUACUGUCCUAAUGAUACUGCUGUGUAAUUUAAGAUAAAAGUCACUUGCUCUUGUCCUUUCCCCUGUCCAGUAUCAAGCUCAGGAACCCAAACUUCAAAUCAUUGUAAAUGGGACAAAGUUUAAUUUUUGAUAAAUGCAUUCCUACCUUGAAAGUGUCUUGGU